GCUGUCGCGGGUUCCGGGCGGGAGGCGCAGGACGCUGCGACCCUGCGCGCCAUGGACAGUGCUGCGCCCCGCGAGCCCGGGGCCACCGAGCCCCCGGCCCGCGCGCGCCCGCGCCUAGUGUUCCGCACGCAGCUGGCGCACGGCAGCCCGACUGGCAGGAUCGAGGGCUUCACGAACGUCCGAGAGCUCUACGCCAAGAUCGCGGAGGCCUUCGGCAUCGCGCCUACUGAGAUCCUAUUCUGCACCCUCAACAGUCACAAAGUGGACAUGCAGAAGUUGCUGGGGGGACAGAUUGGGCUAGAAGACUUCAUCUUUGCGCACGUGCGUGGAGAGACCAAAGAAGUGGAGGUUACCAAAACGGAGGACGCUCUAGGACUGACCAUUACAGACAACGGGGCUGGAUACGCCUUCAUCAAGAGAAUCAAGGAAGGCAGCAUUAUCAACAGGAUUGAGGCGGUGUGCGUGGGGGAUAGCAUCGAGGCCAUCAAUGACCACUCUAUUGUGGGCUGCCGGCACUACGAGGUGGCCAAAAUGCUACGGGAACUGCCCAAAUCUCAGCCCUUCACCCUGCGUCUAGUGCAGCCCCGGAGAGCCUUCGAUAUGAUUGGUCAGAGGAGCAGGAGCAGCAAGUGUCCUGUGGAAGCUAAAGUGAGCAGCGGGAGGGAGACCCUGCGCCUGCGCUCAGGGGGCGCUGCCACUGUGGAAGAGGCGCCCAGCGACGUGGAAGCGGCAGCGGCGCGCAGGGUGGACGACCUACUGGAGAGCUACAUGGGCAUCCGAGACCCCGAGCUGGCGGCCGCGGUGGUGGAGACUGCUCGGAGCUCGGUGGGAGCCCAGGCCUUCGCACGCGGCCUGGACGCUGUUCUGGGCGAGUUCGCCUUUCCAGACGAGUUCGUGGUGGAGGUGUGGGCAGCCAUCGGCGAGGCCCACGACGCUUGUGGCUAGCGUGUGUGGGAGUCUCCAGUCCUGGGCCCAGCCCCCUGCCCCAGCGCCACUCCACAACCCAGGACAGCCCUGAGACACGCUCCACCACCAGAACCCGACCCAGUUCUGAGACCCAGGCCCAUCUUGAGGCCCAGCCUGGUUCUAGCACCCAGUUCAGCUCUGAGACCCAUCCGGAACCUCAUCCCGGUUCUGGAACCCAGGUUAGCUCAGAGGUCCAGCCCAGCUCUAGAACCCAACCCAGUUCUUUGAUCCAGGCCCAUUCUGAGGCUCAGCUUGCUUCUAGCACCCAGUCAGAAUCCCAGCCUGGUUCUGGAACCCAGGUUAGCCCCAAGGCCAGGUCCUGCUCUAGAACCAAAAGUGCUAUCCUGCCUAGCUCUAGAACCCAGCUCAGCUCUGAGACCCAGCCGGAAUUCCCUGACAGCCCUGAACUCCAGUCCUGCUCUAAAACCAAAAUUGAAGCCCAGGGCAGCUCUAGAACCCAACCCAGUUCUGUGACCCAGGCCCACCCCAAGGCCCAGCUUGGUUCUGUAACCCUGGUUGUCUCUCAAGACCAGCCAGCCUUUAAAUCCCAGUCUAUUCCUGGGGUACAGUCUGACUUCAGAACACAGGCCAGCCCUAAGGUUCAGGCUGGCUCUGGAACCCAGAGCGGUCCCAGGCCUGAGCCCUGUUCUAAAACUUAUCCUGAAUCUGACUGCCAACCCAUCCCUAGAGCCCAGGCUGGCUCUGAGGUCCAGCCAGGCUCUGAGGCCACACCCCGUUCUGGAGCCCGGGUUAGAACCCAGGCCAGCCCUCAGGUCAGCUUCUGCUCAGAGACAAAGUCUACUUCUAGACCACAUAUGGGCUCUGAGGGUGGGCUUGGUUCUAGAACACAGACCCACCCAGAUAGGAAGCCAUGCUCUAGAGCCCAGGCAGACACUGGGACCAACCCUGAUGCUGCAGCCCAGGUCGUGGCUGACCCUCAGCCUUCCAGAAUGCAGCCAAGCCCUGUCCCAGAGCCACACUCUGGAACCAGUACAAAUGUUAAGAGGCAGCAGGGCUCAGAGCACCAUCCCAGUUGCCAGUCCCAGAAACCAGGCUCUGAGAGCCAGCCCAGGUAUAAGACAGCUGCCACCAUGGCCUGGCCCUUCCCUGAUACUUGGAGUGGUCAAGGAGGAACGGAUUGCUUAGGACCCCAAGGAAGGUCCAGCAAGCCACUGGCUGCCAGAAGCCAAGUUGGUUGGAGUAGCCAUCUGUCCCCCACACCUUUGCUUAGUACAGGCACCCAAAGCCAUAUUGCUGCCCGGCCCAAACUUAAACCUCAGCCCUGCCCCACACCCCAGCUGCCUGUCAGCGCCUCCCAACGCCCUGCACCCCAAGCUGGCCCCGGUGAUGAGUUUUAUUCUGAGGCCCAGCCAGGGGGCAGGAGCAGGACUGCAGACCCCCACUCCCAAAUGCCACGCACUACCGAAACGAGGCCCAGCUCUGGGGUGUCUCCGGGCACAGACCCCACCCCACCCAGAAGAUGUCGUGCAGGCUUCAAAGCACAGUCCGAUUCUGGGACCCAGACCGACUUCCAGGCCUGGCCUAGCUCCAGAGCCCAUGUUGGUUGGGUCAGACAUCGAGGAACCCAGCCACAGCCAUUGGUAGAGAAGGAGCCCAGCUCCAGGUCCCUUUCUAGUUCUGGGGGCAGAAGCCAGCACCUGGUGACUGCUGGAGCCAGCUGUGUCCCCCAGCUGGACACAGGACAGUGGCUUGGCUCUGGAGCCCACCCAGCCUCGAGAACCCAAUUCAGUCCUCCGGUUCCAAUCCGCGACGGAGCCCAGCCUAGCGCUCAGAAGGAUUCCAGUUCCAGAAUCCAACCAGGCCUCAGCCCCAGCCCCAGCCCCAGCCCCAGCCCCAGCCCCAGCCCCAGCCCCAGCCCCAGCCCCAGCCCCAGCCCCAGCCCAGGCAGUUCUGGAAGCCAGCCCAACACAGGAGCCUGCUCCCUCAGUUCUAGGGACAGUCGUCGCCCACAGACCCCUGGGCUUGAGCUUAUAAAGGAGACUGAUACCCUGGCGGGACCUCAGUCUCCAAUCCGACAGACCCCCAGAGCCCCUACCCCUGCCCCGAGCAAGGUCGCUGGGCCUCGUCCUCAAGAUGGAACCCAGGCCACAGCAGGCCCCAGGCCAGGCCCCCCACCCUCCCUCCUGGGCCCUGUGUCACGUGUCCCAGACACCCCCCAGAAGCCAGCCCUUUUCCCCAAGCCCCAGCUGGGAUGUCAGAAGCCCAGUCCCCCCCCCCACCAUACGCAUCACUCCUAGCUCCUCCCCCGGGUCUGGGCCCCUCCCCCACCCCAGCUUGUGACCUGACUCAUCCCAGCAGGAGUACUAGAUGGUAGAAACUGAGGCUUGGGUUUCAGGAGCCUGGCUGCGAACCCCAAACCCCUUGUAAGAGGAUCCAGCCACAGAAGGCACAGUGGUGGGAGGCUCCUGGGAGACCGUGGUGGGGAAUAAAGGAGCCCACACCUCCACA